AUGAAUGAUGAUCUAUGUCAAAAAUUUGAUCUUUUGAGGAUGCAUUUACCCGAUGAAUUAAGGGGAACCGCAAGAUAUGAAUUUAAAAAAAUUAAUAAUUACAAAAAGUAUUGCCCUAGUGAAAACUGCAAUACUGAUCUCGAAAAAAUUACAAUUGGAUUUUUAUGGUUACUUGAACACUGCUAUUCUAUAUCCAAAGAUAGAAAUUAUAAUGAAAAUAAUACUAAUACAUUUUUCCUAUAUAUGAUUUCAUGGUUUAGUUACCAAUUAAAUCAAAUCGCAGGGAACGGUUCCACCAAAAUAAACGAUUUUUAUACUAAUCAUGUAAUUAAUAAUCGUAAAUAUGAUAAUUUUACAAAUACUGCCUAUAAAUUUACAGAAAUUAAGGAAUUCAUAAAUGAACGAAAAAAUUUGUUGAAUAUUAAUAUUAAAGAUAUGUCUAAAUUUUAUGAUGCAUUCAAAUUAAUAUGUAGUAUGUAUGGUAAUGUUGCAAAGAAUGAAAAAGGCGGCAUACUGUCAAAUAAUGCGAAUGAUUUUGUUAACAAAUAUACAGAACUUAAAGAUGGCAGUAAUAUUGAAGGUACCCUACAUAGUCAAAUAUUGUCUGCUUUAUUAACUGAUUAUGAUAAUAUAAAAAAGAAAUGUAACAAUAUUCCAUCCCUUCUAGAGACAAAAAUAGAACAAACUACUGUAAUAAAAUCUGAAAAUAAUUUUGAACAAACUUCUGCACAAACAUCUAGAGUUACAUCAAGUUCGCCGAUAGGAAACAAAUUAUUUAUAGUUUUAUCGAUAUUUGGUGCAAUAGCAUUUUUUUGGGGAAUAUCCUAUAAGUAUUCGUUAUUUGGAUUUCGGAAACGAGCUCAAAAACAAUAUUUAAGAGAAAAACUAAAAAAAUAA